AUGUUAUUUGUUCUAUGCAAUAAUCUCCGAAUCACGGGCUUGACGCAUAUAAACAGCCCAAAAUUUCAUCUAGCAAUAGUUAAGAGUAAUAAUGCAGAGAUUUCUAAGCUUCGCAUGAGUGCCCCUUCAAAUAGUCCCAACACAGAUGGGAUUGAUUUAUUAUCUUCCACAAAUAUUAAUAUUCGCAAUUGUAGAAUGGAAACUGGUGAUGAUUGUAUUGCGAUUAAAGGAGGCACUUCGAAUGUUAUUAUAUCUGAUAUAAUCUGUGGUCCUGGACACGGUAUAAGCAUUGGAAGUCUUGGGGAGUUUGGAACACGUGAUGAAGUUGAAGCAAUCGACAUAAGUAAUUGCAAUAUUACUGGAGCUGAUGAUGGAAUCAGGAUCAAGACAUGGCAGGGAGGCUCUGGAUUUGCAAGGAAUAUCAACUUCACAAAUAUAAUCUUCACAAUGGUUAAAAAUCCUGUUGCAUUCAUCGACCAAUUCUACUGCCCUAACAAGAAAAUAUGUCCCGAAAGCGUAUCUGCCGUUCAAGUGAGCGACAUCAGAUUUACUGGACUCUCGGGGACGUCGAUGACGAAUAGGGAGAUGAUCGGCUUUUGUUGCAGCGCCGCCGUUCCGUGCACAAACAUUGUAGUGAACGGAGUGGACAUAAAACCAAUCGAUGGGGGCCAAGCCCGUUCGGCUUGCAUGAAUGUUCGUGGAUUUGCUAGUAAUGUUGCAAGCCCACCUCUUGAUUGCCUACAACCAUAAUUUAGUUUCAAUAUAUAUAUGUGGCAUUAAAUUUAAAUGUACUACUAUUUAGAUAGUGCAAUCUAGUAUAGUAAUAAAUGGGCUAUGACUAUGUGGCUAUUUUUGUUAUUUUGCUUCUUGUUUCUUCUGACGGGAAAAUAAUUGCUAAAAACUUCUUUAUUAUACAAAAA